UUGCAGGUCCUGAGCCCUACCCUGCCGGGAGGCGGCUAAAGCCCAGUGACAAUUCGAGUCAGCUCAGGUGGGCAGGCAGUGCUGGGGGACCCGGUGGACCCUCUGCAGCUGCUGGCCCGGGUCCUAAGCCCUUCACUGCCCAGGGGCGGCCACUCAGAGUGCAGAGCCCACCCAGCCUGCGCCCACCCGGAACUCACACUGGCCCGUGAGCACCGCACGCAGCCCCCGUUCCCUGCCACGCCUCUCCCUCCACACCUCCCAACAGGCAGAGGGAGCCAGCUCCGGCCUCGGCCAGCCCAGAGAGGGGCUCCUACAGUGCAUCCAAGUGCUGAAGGGUUCCUCAAGCACAGCCAGAGCGGACACCGAGGCUGAGGAGGUACCGACAGCGAGCGAGGGCUGCUAGCACGUUGUCAACUCUCACGGAGAUCGAGACCAUCCUGACUAACACGGUCAGACUGGUCCCGGUACCAUGAAUGGAGACGACGCCUUUGCAAGGAGACCUAGGGUUGGGGCUCAAAUACCAGAGAAGAUACAAAAGGCCUUCGAUGAUAUUGCCAAAUACUUCUCUAAGAAAGAGUGGGAAAGGAUGAAAGUCUCAGAGAAAAUCGUCUAUGUGUAUAAGAAGAGAAAGUAUGAGGCCAUGAGUAAACUAGGUUUCAAGGUCACCCUCCCACCUUUUAUGCGUAAUAAACGGGCCACAGACUUCCAGGGAAAUGAUUCUGAUAAUGACCCUAACCAUGGGAAUCAGGUUGAACAUCCUCAGAUGACUUCCGGCAGGCUCCAGGGAAUCUUCCCGAAGAUCAUGCCCGAGAAGCCAGCAGAGGAAGGAAAUGAUUCAAAGGGAGUCCCAGAAGCAUCUGGCCCUCAAAAUGAUGUGAAGCAGCUGUGCCCCCCGGGAAAACCAAGUACCUCUGAGAAGAUUAACAAGAGAUCUGGACCCAAAACGGGGAAACAUGCCUGGACCCACAGACUGCGUGAGAGAAAACAGCUGGUGAUUUACGAAGAGAUCAGCGACCCUGAGGAAGACGACGAGUAACUCCCCUCAGAGAUAUGACACAUGCCCACAAUGAGAAGCAGAACGUGGUGACCUUUCACGAACAUGGGCAUGGCUGUGGACCCCUCGUCAUCAGGUGUAUAGCAAGUCAAAGCAAGUGUUCACAACAGUGAAAAGUUGAGCAUCAUUUUUCUUAGUGUGCCAAGAGUUCGAUGUUAGCAUUUCCGUUGUAUUUUCUUGCAGUAUGCCAUUCUGUUAGAUACUAGUGUUUUCAUUGACGAGUAAGACAUACUUAAUGCAUAUUUCGGUUCGGGUAUCCAUGCACCUACCUCAGAAAACAAGUAUUGUCAGGUAUUCUCUCCAUAGAACAGAACUACCCUCCUUUCUCCCCAGAUGUGACUACUGAGGUCAGGUCUGAGUGUUUAAUUUCCGAUUUUUUCCUCUGCAUUUACACACACACUACACUCGCGCACACACACACACUAAGUACCAGUAGAAGCAUCUCCCAUCUGCUUUUCUCCAGUGCCAUGCGCCCUGGUCAAGCCCCGCUCACUGUUUCCUGUUCAGCAUGCAUUCCCCUUAUCCGAUUCCCAUGUAUCAGUCACUGACAGUUAAUAAACAUUUGCAAACGUUC